UACUUCGCUGUCAGACUGUUGAUUACAUUAACAAGUUACAGUAACACUUUCAGUGUACUGGGUGUGAGCAUUCACUAUGGGCUAUUUACGUGUUAUACUCAUUUUCUGUGCUGGAGCAUGUAUAUCCGAAGUCCGCAGCACAUCCCAAAAACAACUUCUUCAUGACCUCUUUAUUGACUAUGAUAAAAGGAUUCUGCCUGUUCUCAACAGAAGUCACCCGGUAAAAGUUCAGCUGGGACUGUCACUACAUACCAUCAGGGAUCUCGAUGAAAAGAACCAAGUGUUGACGAUAAAGGCUUAUUUUGUGUUGUUUUGGGUUGACCAAUUCCUUGUGUGGAACUCGACUCAAUACGACAACACAGAAUUCAUCAUGGUGCCUUUACGCGAUAUCUGGAUCCCCGACGCUGGGAUUUAUAAUGGCAUUAACUCCUUUGAAACAAUAACUGAUACUAGAUCUUACAUCGGAGUAUUUCCUGAUGGCAGUAUAAUUUGGACGCCCGGCGGGGACUACUCUAUCCUCUGUGACGUUUCAGUCUGGAACUACCCAUUUGAUAGCCAAACAUGUGUGCUGGAGGUCGGUCCGAAGUUCAGUCAUCAUUCAAUGCAGCUAUUCACUGCUAUGUUUGAUAAAGUUGAUCUGGUGAUAUUGCGUGAAAAUUCUGAAUGGGAAUUUCUUAGUUCUGAUUGUAAUUGUCGUGUAAGUGAUUUGUCCACAUCAACAUGUGACAUCAGGAUGACGAUACAGAGACGACCAGAACACUUUGUGCUCCAUCUAGUAUCCCCGGUCAUAUUGUUGGCAGUGAUGAACCCUGUGACGUUCCUGAUACCUCCCACGUCCGGUGAGCGCCUGUCCUUUGGAAUGGCUUUGUUCCUGAGCUUUUCUCUUCUGAUGAACUCGAUUUUGGAUAACCUACCUGUUUCACGUAACGAAACUUGCUAUUUUACACUGUUCGUACAGGGAAUGUUUUGGUUCGGUGGCAUGCAAUGUUGUAUAAGUUGUGUAAUUACUCGGUUGAGUUCUAGAUCUCCGAGCCACCCUGUACCUUCAUGGAUACCGCGAGUUCUCUGUUUAUCUCGGAACAUUUCCCAAAACACACAAGUAGGAUGCACCAAUAAUGAUUCAAACGUAGAUUUGACAAAUGACGUCACAGUUGAAGUUUGCAGUGAUAGCUGGACCUGGAUAGAGGUGAUGCUGAGACUAGACUUCGUACUAUUUAUUGUUUUUAAUAUCCUAACAAUUGUUAUCAUUGUAGCAGUCCUGGUCACGAUUUUACCAUAGGACUUUGAUGUAAGGGACCUCGUUUUAUAUAAAGAGAAUACAAAAAGGUGUUAUAUUUACAUCUGUGUGGCAUUGUCACUACUGAAGUAUCUGUUUGAAAGCUGUAUCGUUGAUGUACGUUUAAAUCAGCGUAUUUAUACAACACAGACCGGAACUACAAUGUAUCCAAUGAAUGAAAAAUGAAUUUCAACAUGAAUUAUUAUGAAAACAUGCCAUAUGCGCAUUAUCGUGAUGAUAAACUCUUAAACAAAAUCGACGUAUUUAUUAAAUUUCCCAUGUACUAUUUUGUUUGACAAUCAGCAUGCAAUCAUGUAUGUUCCAGCUAUUCCAUCUAUUGACCAAAAAUUUUGAUGACUGUUGGUAAGGCGGGAAUUAUGAAUUCAAAAUAUGAUCUUUUAGCGGAAAAAAAAUUGUUAAAAGUUAGAAGAACGUAAAUAUAAGCGUUGAACCUUUUUUAUGAACAAAUCAUAAUGUGCUAUGGCAUUUAUUGGUGUUAAUUAGAUAUACAUCCCUAUACCUUGGGUGACAUUUAUCGGCGUUAAUUAGAUAGACAUGUACAUGUAUCCCUAUACCUUGGAUGACAUGUA